GUUGUAUUUUGAAACAGGCACAUCAUGGCUUGCCCUCAAUGUGGAAAUAAACUCGAAGGGUCAUUUAACAUCUGUCCUAAAUGUGGCUUCAAGUUAUCUGCCCUGACUGAAAAAAGUGCUCAAGAUGGUGCCACAUCAGCACAUCCAAUUUCAACCACUGCUGAGGAGAAAAAUCAAAAGGAAGAUCAAGACCAUGCUGUUAAAGAAAGCACUACUCAAAUACAGGUUGCUGAUAUUAAUUCAGACGAGAAGACAGAUUCAGAACUGACAAAGACACCGGAACCAGGAAAUGAAGAUGCAGGUAUCUACAGGCAAAAAACUUCACCCUGCCUUUCUGGACCUCAAGUGGAAGAGAAUAUCUUGAUGCCAUCCUGUAAAUUUCAGAUACCAGAAGAUUCAUCAAUCAAUGAAGAAAUACUGGUGUACUUUCAUGCUGUUAUUUCUAAAGAAUUUCAUUUGGAACCCGAGAAAGACAUGGUUGUCUUAAAAUCUGAAGUGUUGUUUGGAAGCCGGGAUGGUUUUAUUGAAAUGGUCCCCAGCCCUCUUGGGGACAACCAAUAUCUUAUUGAAGGACAGUAUCGGGUUCCCAAGGAAAAAAUUCAAGAGAGCAUUCCCUACAAAUAUGCAGUUUGCAAAAAGGAGUAUGGCUUUAUCUAUGAGACCAUCUACCAGAAAGAGAAAAAUGACCUCAUCAACAGGUGCCUAACCAUCAAUCCAGAGCUUUUAACAGCAGAAGGUGAGUGGCACCAAUAUGAUGAUAUGAUCCAUCCCAAACCGAAGAGUAAUUGGCCUUGGAAUUCUACAGAAAAAACUGUGAUAGAAGGGAGAAACUUUGCUGGCAAGGAAAUGUUACAAAUAAUCUUUGAUCUUCUCAAAACUUGGAAUGAACAGAAAGUGGGAGAAUUCUUUUCCCUACUGCAGCAGUUCUUUUAUACAUACAGUGGUCCUCUGCUUCAUGAUGGUAGAGAAAGACGAUGGGGAUUACCAUAUGAUUCAAAUCAGGUGAAAUACCUUCUUAAACAUUUUCUGGACAAACACUUGAGUUUUGAUGCCAUAAAGAAGACAGCAAGAAUACCACCUCUCCAUGCAGGGAUUAUUGGUUUGCUUGUUUACAACAAGUAUCUGAAGGACAGCAUGACAAAUCAACUUUCUAGUUUAUGCAAUCUUCUUUGCCUGCCUAAUAAGGCAGAGCAUCAUUUUCGUUCUUUCUGGAAUGACUUUGUAAAAGCUUUGUCAUAUGAAAACAGAUUGGUUGCAGAUGCAGUUGACACCCUUUGCCAUACUGCUAUGACACGCCGCAUUGAGAAGUGGGUGUUGGUCAUCCCUUUGGUUCAUCUACUGACAGGAGAAAGCAAACCAUAUGAGCCAGUCCCACCUGUCUUGAAUCCACAGUUUGACUCCUGGACAGGCUUGAAGAGAAUCACAAGAACAGAUUCAUAUGGUGCUAGUCAUAUGAAUUUGAUCCAGAUCAUGGAAGAAUAUGACUACCUGAUAGACAUUGAUCCUCUUCUUGUGCACUCUUGGAUGUCUCUGAUGGGAGUUGAUUACCUAAUGAAGGACAAAUUGAUUAUGCGUGUUGAACUUCGAGACAUUCUUCAGUAUUUGCAGUUCAUUGUCAAUUCUGGCAACCGUAAACGCAUGUGCAUGGUUGUGAGACAUUUGACAUCUUAUCUGAUCAAGAAAGAGAGCAAUCACAAGAAAAGUUUUGAUGACAAAGAUGGAGAGUGCUGCCUGAAAACUGCAGUAAUGCUUCUUGGUUCUAUCACAAAAGACACAGAGUUCGGGGAUCUUCCUCUUCAGUUCCUUGAUCUAGUCUGUGUGAUUGCCAAGGCAUAUGGCCUCACUGAUUCCCAGACAAGAAAGAUAAUUCAUGAAGAGUCAGUCAAGGACACAUUACAAACAAUGAGGGUAUGGCAGACAAAUACCUUCCACAACAAACUGCUUAAAAAGCAGCAUGUUUUGCAGUUUUCUCUACCCAGUGAAAUACAGGCAUGGAGCAAAUUACUCUCAAUAUCUUUUAAUUAUGAGGAACACACUUCAUUAUGGAGAACCACAUUCAUGGGUGAUUUUCAAGAAAAACUGAAAGAGGAACAUCCUGUGGAUCAAAUUGGAAUAUACUGUAACAAGAUGGACAAGAUGAGCAAGGAAAGUCCAUUGUUGUGCAGCAUAAUGGAGAACUGUGCAAUGGAGGCUGCUGCACAUAUUUGCCAGGAUACAUCAGCUAUGUCAAACCUCAUGACAAGAUAUGAUUUCACAAAAUUUUUAAAACUAAUGUCAGUUGUUGUGAUGGAGUCAUGGCCCAAAGAUGAAAACGGACAUGAGAUACAAGACGAAGAAUUGGUAUUUGACUACCUCAUGAGCUGGCCCAUGGCCAAAACCAUCCUCAAAAUUGCAGGUAAACUGUGAAAUAAAAAAAGAACAUAACAUGAAAUACACCUUGAAUGCUCUUUAGUAAUGUCUAGGGUAUGCAUAAGCUUUCAAUUUUGUAUAUUACCGUACUCAUUUUGAAGGAACAUAUUCAUUGGAAACAUGAAUGCACUUUUGAGACAAAUUCAGAAUGUGAGGACUGUUUGCAACUUAACUGGAGGGUGCCUGUUUAAAAAUUUAAUCAAACGGAGAUGAA